AUGGCGGGAAGCCAGGGCAAGGCGCUGGGAGUGCGUUCGUGCGUUGCCAGCACCUUUAGGAACGAAGGUAUUCGGGCGUUCUACAAGGGAAUGGCGUUCCCGCUGGCGGCGCAGGUUGUGUUCAAGGCCGUCAUCUUCACGACAAACGGCAUCGCCAGACGAGCGUUGGACAGAAGAGGCCUGGCCGACUCUCCGGCAGGAGUGUAUGCUUGCGGAGCGCUGGGGGGCGGGGUCAAUUCCUUCAUUGUCACGCCGGUGGAGCUCGUGCGGACUCGGCUCAUGCUGCAGUACGGGGGGAAGCCGGCGAGCUCUGCGGGUGGCGGGGGGGGGGGCGGGGACGGUCGACUGCGGGGCCCCUUGGACUGCGUUCGCCAGGUCGUCCGGCGCAACGGGGUGUUUGGCAUGUGGCAGGGUCUCAGGGUGACCCUGACGCGGGACUCACUGGGCAUGGGCGCCUUCUUCCUGGCUUUCGACACGGUCAAGAGGGCACUGGCGAAACGUCGGUACGACAGCAGCAGCAUCAGCAGCGGCGAGUUGUCGGGAAAGCGCCCCCCGGACUUCGAUCACCUGCUGGUGGCGGGCUCCACAGCCGGUCUCUGCUUUUGGCUGGUGGCGCUUCCUUUGGACAUGACCAAGACGGUAAUCCAGGCGGCAGGGCGGAAGCGGGGCGAGGUCAUCCCCGGAGGCGUUGCCACCCUGUCCCGCCUUUUCCGAGAGGGCGGACUGAGAAACCUGUACAUGGGCUGGCCGGUGGCGUUCGGGCGCGGGAUUCCAGGGGCGGCCAUCAUGCUGGCGACGCACACGUUCGCCAGCCAGAAGCUCGCAGACUACUCGGCUGCGACCACCUCGCGCCCACCGCCGGCGGCGGCGGCGGCAGUGGCUGCGGUGGCAAAGCGGCCCACUCGGACGAACCGGAUGGGCUGACUUUUUUUUUUGUACGGUUUCGACUGGUGCGAAGCUAUUGGCCAAGGAUUGUGGUUCUGCGUACCCCCUCCCCCGUCCCUGCGUGAGGCUGGAGGGGAGCGGCCGGUACCGAGUUUUUGGCAUGGGUGUGUGUUUUCGCAAGCAGUAGCAACCGGGGGGGGUGGUGCGUGAAAGGGUGACCGAUGCCUUGUCAUCGUGUCUAUACUGCCCCCGGGCAGGGUCUCGAUCAUCGCGGAAAGAGCGAACCCGGAGGAAAUAUAAUUGGAGAAGACCGGGAUGGUUCGCCCGUGCUCCUGUGUCCCAAGUUUUGACGUGUUACAUCGUCGCAAGCCAGCGUCGGUGUGAUCGAUGGCCGGCAUGCUUCUGACCGAGGCGUGCGGCUUUUCUUGUUUCAUUUUUCUGUCAGAAGAGAUGGAGAUGUGUCUAACACUUGUGGAGAUAGAUAUUUCUACAACACUUGUGGAGAUAGCUUGAGGGCGUGUCGUUUGGUGAGAGGGUUUGUUGUUCUGUUCCGAUUGUUAUUUGUUUCGAGAGUUGCUUCGGUAUUCCAUUCUGACCGACUACUACAGAGCAAUGUUCUGUGAACGGUGUACCAUAUGGUAGUUAUUUAUAUGUCUGAGGCAAUUCUGCCAAACGAAAAGCCUCUGCUUUGCCGUGCAUAUGGCGGCCAGCCAGCUCAAAGAACGAUUUUUUCGGCGUACAGCAUUAGUAGGCGAUGCCACAGACGCAUGCACCGCCAUGCCUCAUCGAAUUAUUUUUUAUGUUGUGGUGCCACAUGUCGCAUUCUUUCUUCGAACGCUGACGUAUUUCCCAAUUCCACGAGAGCUUCUGUGUGAUGUACGGCGUGUUGUGUUUUGUUCCAUGGUGAUCUUGGUGAAUGUAUGUAGCACAGAGCUCCACGCUUGAUCUGUGCUACCGCCAGUCCAGUGGCGAACUAUCUAUCUGUGUGGUCCCGCACAAUACAUGCGGUGCGCUGCAGUUCGAAUUCGAACGCCUCUUUCGGUGCUGUCCUUGUGCAAUGUUGUUUGGAUCCGAUGUCGUGGCUGUACAUACUAAUCGACGGUUCGUGUUCUUUCCUUCUGUGUGUGGCGUCUCUGGG